GGUAUUUCUAUGGCUCUGCACAAUGUGCGGCAGGCAUCUUUGAAAAUGAAUGUAACUUGCUUUAUGCUUGCGUUGUUGGAAAGAAACAGUCUUUAUAACACCGGUGUUCAUACACCUUGCGCCAGCAUACGAGUUGCCUAAAGUACGUUAUUUUGUGGAUGGUUAUUUUUGGUAAUUUGGACAACCCAUUUUGCCAUUUCCCAUUUAUGACCAGUGGUUUAAACAUAACAUUCCUUUUAAUUUGCCUAUUUCCAGUGGAGUAAAUAACACGUGAACAUUGUAAACAUAUACACUGGCUACAUUGAAUGGACAGUAUUGUUUUAGCAAAGCUACGAAAAUCCAUCAAGGCAAGAUGUAGGAAUUCUCAAAGGAAUUUAAACUCAUUCAUUUGGAAUGUAUGGGCAGUAUCAGUGGGAAUCAAACCUUCAUUUUUGGUGGAUAUAUUCAUUCACAAAGGUGAAGAAAUGGUUAAAGUUCUUGCAAUAUUAAACAAAUAUAGUACAGAUUUCUGUUUUGUUAACUGCGUGGUGAUGGAGUUACAUAACGGUGAAUUGUUUAUGUUGAACACGGAUGCUUUACAAAAACAUAUCUGCAACCCAGGUGGAAAAGUACCGGUUCAUUUUAUUGACAUUAGCAACAAGCUAAAAUACCCGUGUUGCAUUACAACUUCUGAUUCCAACUACUCAAACAUAGAGUUAGUAUAUAAAGAAGCUAAAAAAAUCCUCCUAAGUUGUUUUGAAGAAGUACGGACACAAAAAAGCUCUUCAGACAACAAUUCCUGUUCAGAUAUACCACAUAUUGUUAUGAAAGAAUUGAAAUGCAACCUCACUACUUUAUAUGGGGUGUUAUUGGGUUACCCUGUUGUGUAUUGGUUCAAUUCAACUGAACACUGCCUGGAUAUGGCUCCACUUAAUGUUUGCAAAGUGUCUUUGAAAAAUAAAGGCAGUGAUAAAGCUACCAGCGAUGUUUUAUGUGAAGAAAUCUAUUCAUUUUCUUACCCCUCGUCAUUAGAGCAUACAUUUUUAGGUUUUUAUAAUAUUUGGAAAGAAAAAUUAACUUUAGAAACUGAAUGUAGAAGUAAAAAUGUGGAUUUAUCAUUUUUUACUUCUAAAAUAACUUUGCCUUCCAUUGUAUUAUAAAAUGAGGAAAAAUUAGAAAAAUCUAUGCCGGAAAAUUUUUAACAUUUAUAUUUUAUAUAUACAUAUAGUGCUCAUUAAGUAGGCUGUACAAUGUUUAACUUUCAUUGGAACACAUUUCUGCAUUUGACAAGAAAGAUACACAUCCACAUUGGCAGGAGAUGUCAGAGUACUCGUUCAAAUGAAACAAUUUCAAACAGUGCAAGUUGGUCCACAAUGUUAAUGACCGCAGGGUUUACUUGUUGUUUUGUUUCCAUCCUUGAUGAUAAAGUUGUAACUUACACAAUGGUCAGUGGUUCCUCUAUGCAGCCUUGCUUAAAUCCGAUUGGUUCAAAAUGCAACGACAGAGUCCUGAUUGACAGAUCACCAAAACGAAACUUUAAAAAACUAAAGAGAGGUGAACUAGUUAUAUACAGAACAACGCGUAAUCCUGACGAGGUGAAUAUCAAGAGGUUGGUAGCACUAGAAGGCGACACAGUGACGACACUCGGCUACAAAAACCGGUCCGUACUGGUUCCAACCGGUCACUGCUGGGUGGAAGGCGACAACCACAGGUUUAGCGACGACAGUAACGUUGUGGGGCCGGUCCCACUCGGUUUAAUUAGUGGCCGUGCAACCCAUAUUAUCUACCCUCCUUCUCGCUGGGAGAGCAUAUGUCGCCGAUUUCCACAUUCUCGCGUCAAAUUGAAUCCUUGCGAGGAAGACACCGUGAGCCAUCUACCGGACGUUAUAUGUGGAAUUAGCUGACCACUAAGUUGCGACGAAAUUUUCUAUUUUCAUGCAUUUUUUAGCGCAAUUACGACAAAACUCCAAUAAAAUAUUAAUACACUGUU